GGUCUCUGUCUCUCUCUCUACUUCGGUUGUUGUUGUAGAAAACCCAACAACAGUAGAGCAGAUUAGAUUCAGGAGACCCAAGAACCAACCCAUUCCAGCUCCAGAUUCAACCCCAUAAAUCUCUUCUACCAAUCAGUCCCCUCACGGUAAAACCUCCAUGUCUUCUCUAUUCGUGUCCACAUUCACCUCCAACAAUUAACAGCAAGAAGAAGGGUUCCGACAUGUCUUCAGCAUUGAAGGAUAAAAAGAAGAGCUUUACAUCUGCAACAUGGAGAGGUCUUGGAUGCACAUCCUCUUCACAGAUAUCGGCGCCGGAGGCUAUUCGGUCUUCGGCAGAUUGGCAAGAGAAGAAGGUGAGGAAAAAGAAGCAGAGGAGCACACAGAGGAAGAAAAGCCAUCAUGUCACGGAGAUGACGUCUAUGGGGAAUCCAACUCCUGUUGUAGUUGUCCCUGAUGUUUGGUGCUCUCUUGGGAUCGGUUUCGCAGCCAAUGCCGCGCCAAUUGAUUGUGUUGUGUCGAGACGUCCUGUAGCGGGAAGAGGGAGGAUUGAUAGUGAGAGGAUAAAUCAAAGAGAGCUUCACACAGAGAUAGAAGACCCGCACCUUCUUAUGGAUCCAGACGAUUUUCUCUGCCGGUUGCUUUGACGGAAUUUGAAGGAGGGCCAAGGGUUCAGGAAGGGGUGAUGAAGCUCUUUCAUGGUCAUCGAAAGGAGGAAGAAGAGGAAAGAGAAAGAUAAAUACCAGAGGUGGGGAGAUUUGUUUAUGAAGGAGGAAGGAGAUGAAUAAUGUUUCAACCCCUGAUAUUUGAACUUUAGAGUUUAAACAAAUCUUUAUCAAACGGGAGUAAAAUAUUAACGACGAAGAAAUAUUUUGUUAGACUGGAUCGAAUUAGACCAAAUCUAGUCCAAUUGACUGCCUCCCGUCUCUCUCUCUACUCCGGUUGUUGUUGUAGAAAACCAAACAACAGUAUAGCAGAUUAGAUUCAGGAAACCCAAGAACCAACCCAUUCCAGCUCCAGAUUCAACCCCACAAUUCUCUUCUACCAAUCAGUCCCCUCACGGUAAAACCUCCAUUUCUUCUCUAUUCAUGUUCACAUUCACCUCCAACAAUAACAGCAAGAAGAAGGGUUCCGACAUGUCUUCAGCAUUGAAGGAUAGAAAGAAGAGCUUUACAUCUGCAACAUGCAGAGGUCUUGGAUGCACAUCCUCUUCACAGAUAUUGGCACCGGAGGCUAUUCGGUCUUCGGCAGAUUGGCAAGAGAAGAAGGUGAGGAAAAAGAAGCAGAGGAACACACAGAGGAAGAAAAGCCAUCAUGUCACGGAGAUGACGUGUAUGGGAAUCCAACUCCUGUUGUAGUUGUCCCUGAUAUUUGGUGCUCUCUUGGGAUCGGUUUCGCAGCCAAUGCCGCGCCAAUUGACUGUGAGCGGGAAGAGGGAGGAUUGAUAGUGAGAGGAUAAAUAAAAAAGAGGUGUGCUUUCUGUUUAUGUUAUUCGUGGCUUUUGUUCAUAUAUUGGGUUUUCUUUUGGGAUUAUAGGUGAUAGGGGUAACUUUUGGAAGCUUCACACAGAGAUAGAAGACCUGCACCUUAUUAUGGAUCCACACAAUUUUCUCUGCCUGAAGAACCAGCUUGCGAUUAAAGCUUUGACGGAAUUUGAAGGAGGGCCAAGGGUUCAGGAAGCGGUGAUGAAGCUCUUUGAUGGUCAUCGAAAGGAGAAAGAGGAGGAAAGAGAAAGAUAGAGACCAAAGGUGGGAAAAUUUGUUCGAUGGUCUAAUGAGGAAGGGGAUGAAUAGUGUUUCAACCUCUUUUUAAUAUUUAA